AUGAAUCGCACCGUGCAGCGCCCUGAGAAGCGCAGCUAUUCGGAUGCGCGUUUCACCUACUACGAGGUCGGACUCGGCUCUUGCGGGCAGACCAACGUCCCUACUGAUUCUAUCGUCGCAUUGGAUUCUGCUCUCUACAAUGGCGGCAGCGAAUGCGGCAAGAGCAUCACGAUCUCCCUUAAUGGCAAGACUACCACUGCCACGAUCAUGGACGAGUGCCCUGGAUGCCCGGAGGGCGGCUUGGACUUCUCCGAGGGCCUCUUCGAGUACUUCUCCGACCUGGGCGUCGGCGUGCUAACCGGCGAGUGGUGGUACAACUAA